GUGUGCAAAAAGGAGGGGAGGGAGGGGGAGGCUGAGCUGGGGUGGGCGAAAAAAACAGCCGUUAAACGGGCCGCUGGGCGGGGCUUCCUCGAGGGAGCAAGAAGCCGCCUUCGGAUUGGUCAAGGCGGGAGGUUCAAACUAGCACGGCCUCCGCGGAUUGGCUCGCCUUGCAGGCUCCCUCCUCGCGCUCAGGCGGGUUAUUGUCUCUUGACUUUUCGGAGGCGUCUCUCGCUCGGACCUCGCGGAACCAUGGCUGGAGGCAAGGCUGGCAAAGACAGUGGGAAGGCCAAGGCAAAGGCAGUGUCUCGCUCACAAAGAGCUGGAUUACAGUUCCCAGUGGGCCGUAUUCAUAGACACUUGAAGACUCGUACUACGAGCCACGGACGAGUUGGUGCUACAGCUGCUGUGUACAGUGCUGCAAUUCUCGAAUACCUCACUGCUGAGGUUUUGGAAUUGGCAGGCAACGCCUCCAAGGAUCUCAAGGUAAAACGUAUCACUCCUCGUCAUUUGCAGCUUGCUAUUCGUGGUGAUGAGGAAUUGGAUUCCCUUAUUAAAGCUACCAUUGCUGGUGGAGGUGUAAUUCCUCACAUCCACAAGUCUCUGAUUGGAAAGAAGGGACAGCAGAAAACUGCAUAGAAAGGAAUUGUAAACAGUCCUCUUCCUCCCUGUCAUUGUACUGUAACUGGGACAGAAGAAAUAUGGGGAUAUGUGGAAUUUUUUUAAAGAAAUAGUUAAAUGGAAGAGUAUAGGUAAUUGACUGUAGACUUAAAACAUUUGUAUGUUAUUUAGAUUCAAAGUUUGACAAAAAAAAAGUACCUUGUUAUGUGACAGCAAUUUGUGUGUUGAUUGGCUAGGUUUCUCCCAUGUGUUUUAUACAAAAAUGGAAAUGAUAAAACCAUUUUUUACAAAA